CACACCUAACAAUUCAGAUUCUUUUCCUCUGCUUCAAAAUAAAGCUGAAAAUAGUGGGGGGCCUCAAUUUGCAUGGUGCCUUCCUUGCUCUCUUGUCCAACGAAGGAAACUAAUUCAUCAAGUGGCCAGAAAACUAUGUUCCAACUUACUAGAAAAAUAGAGAGAGACCAAUAUUCUUUGCUUGCCUUCAUUCCCUUUCCUGCCUACUGAAUUCGAUUCCAUUUUUAUUGGUCAACAGGAAACUGGUUGCCAAGAAGGACUGGGUAUUCUUUCCUUUUCUUUAUUUCAAAUUUGAGGUAAUGAUUUCCCCCUUCUAGAUAAGCCAAUAACUAGCGAAAGAUAGAAUCGAGAAAUGAGACAAAUAAGAAUUACUCGAGAUAAUUCAAGUACAACUAAAUUAUAAUAAAAAAUUGUUUUACCCUUUGAUGGAUAGUAAUGUUUAAACCUUCGUCCCGUUGGUCAUUAGUUACCAGUAGGACUGCAAAUAAGUCAAGCUGCUUGCGAGCAACUCGGCGUUCGAAUUGAAAAAAACUCGUUCGACACUCGACUCGUUAUUUAACAAGCUGGCUCGCGUGCCGACUCGUUAGUAAACGAGACAAAUUAUCAACUUGACAAAUUUUCCUUGUAACGAAUACUAUACACUUUUGACGAGUACUCAGCUUGAUAAGCUCGUGACAUACUCAGCUUGAUAAGGUCAACUCGUGACAUACUAAUUUUCCUUGUAACGAGCUUAUCAAGUUGAGUAUGGUCUCGAAAGUGACAUACUAUUUUCCUUGUCACGAUUAAGUAUGGCUUAUGUGUUGUCUUAUGUGUCUCUAUGAUUAUCAACUUACUAUUUUUCUUAUGUUGGACGAGUUUGUUGAACACAUGUUUACGUAAUUAUGUUUAUAAUAAUCGACAUUAAUUUCUUUUUAGACUGAUAUAUAGUGAGCAUUCAAUGAACUAUAAUUCACGAGUUGAACCUCAACUUCCACUAUGCAAACAAUCUUAACAAGCAAACAUCUCUAUUGUUGGCCUAUUGAAGCUUGACUUAGAGGAGAUAUGAAGGCUCUAUUUUGGCGGAUGGGUGCAUCAAGAAGUUUGUCGAAUGACGACUUCCUUUGCGUUUUUUCGUUUAUUUAUGGUUCUAGGCAUACUAACAGAGCUGCCCAUUUAGUGGCAAAAAUGGCCCUUGCAUCGGUAGCUCAACACUAGGUUGACUACCGCCUUUAAUUUUCAAGAAUUGUAACACCCUAUCUAUUUACGAUCUAUCUAUGACAAAAUAAAACAUCUCUUUCAAAAAAUGAGUGCGUUCCCCGCCAUAUACAAGUCUACCCCAAAUAAAAGCUAGUAGUUAUCGACACAUUCUGCAGUUCAAGCAUCAAAUCCACAUUUUUUUUUAAAUGCAUCAGUUAGUUAUCCGUCUCUUUUUCCACUUUUCUGCACCCUAGCUACUUUACCCCAGCAGCAACCCCAUUACUUACAGACUAAGAAGAAGAAGAAUAAUAUAACAAAUCAAUCAAACAAAUCCUUUCCACAACCAUCAAGAUGUUAAUAUAUCAAAGCAUCUCCCUUUCCCCACCAUACUACACAUCAAAAGCAAAAAAAAAAAAAAAAGAUACAUGCAUACACAGUUACACACCACUCAUCUUAUCAUCACCAAAAAAGCUACCCACAAAGAUCAGUGGCAGACGAAAGAAAGGAAAAGCUCCACCCUCACAUUUCCAACACACAAUUAUAUAGCAGUAUAGCAACUAGCCAAAACCAAAAGCAAGUAGAGAAAGAAAGAAAGAAAAAAAAAACAAUGUACAGGUUGAGCAACACGCUGAUCGGGUGCCUGAACCUGGCAGCACUCUUGGCCUCGAUCCCGAUCAUCGGCGCGGGGCUGUGGAUGGCUCGGAACAGCACGAGCUGCGAGAGGUUCCUCCAGACGCCGCUCCUGGUGCUGGGGUUCAUCGUGCUGGUGAUCUCGCUGGCCGGGUUCAUCGGGGCGUGCUUCCACGUCGCCUGGGCGCUGUGGGUGUACUUGGUGGUCAUGCUCUUCAUCAUCGCCGCGCUCAUGGGUCUGACGGUGUUCGGGUUCGUGGUGACGAGCCAGGGCGGCGGGGCCGGGGUGCCCGGGAGGGCGUACAGGGAGUAUCGGCUGCAGGAUUACUCGCCCUGGCUCAGGAAGAGGGUUCAGGACCCUGAUUACUGGAGGGCUGUGAGAGGGUGCAUUUUGGGCUCCAAGACUUGCGCUACGCUUGCUGCUUGGACGCCUCUCGAUUAUGCUCAGCGUGACAUGUCCCCUGUCCAGUCGGGGUGCUGCAAGCCGCCGACGGCGUGCGACUACAACAUGGCGACGACGGUGGCGCAGGAGCAGGACUGCUACAAGUGGAACAACGCGGCGGAGUUGCUGUGCUACGAGUGCGAGUCGUGCAAGGCCGGGGUGCUGGAGGAGAUAAGGAGGGACUGGCACAAGAUGUCGGUGCUGAACGUGGUGGUGCUGGUGGCGCUCAUCGCCCUCUACUGCGUCGGCUGCUGCGCCUUCCGCAACACCCAGCGGGCCGAAUCCGAUUACCCUUACGGCGUCAACCGCAUGAGCAAGAUCCGACCCCGCUGGGAUUACUACUGGUGGAGAUGGUGGCGCGACAGACGAGAACAGCUUUAUUAAAGAAGGGAAUUAAAGCUAUAUUAAGAAUCAGGGAAGCUGGCUCAGCAGUGAGAAGACAAGGCAAAAGCAAAGCGCCUUGUUUUGGUGGUGGUUUCAUCAUUAUAUUAGUUGGGGGCGAUCGCCAUUGUUAUGAUCACCUUAUUUCACAGUCUCUCUCUCUCUCUCUCUCGUUCUUCAUCAAGUCUUGAACUAUCUUUCUGUCUGUACAAAAGAAUGAUUAGAGUCUAACUAGCUAGCUAAGUGGCUUCUUUCUUGGCCGUCAAUGAUUCAUUAGUCUAGUAUUUAUGCAUGCAUAUGGAUCAUAAGCACAUAACAACAAUCUGUCAGACUUGAAUACUGAUUCAACCCGAACUUAAUAAGGGUGAAAUUGUUGUCAAAUCCAACCAUGACCCUGUCACUACCCAAAAAAAAAAAAAAAAAAAACUCUGGUCCUAUAGGGUCAAACAUCCAACUUGACCCGGACUAGCUCUAUUCUUCUUUGACCCUGUCUGACCAGUACAGGUAGGGUCCGAUUAUUGGGCCGGAUCACAUCAAUAAAAUUUUACAAAUAUGUUCAAUGUGUUGAUAUGAGAAAUUUCAUAUAAAAAAUUAUUGUUAUGGGUCAUAGGGCCAAAUAAUAAUCCAGCCACAAAUUGAACCGACCCUUGUUGGGCUAAAAGAUUACCCGACACUGACCUAACUUGAACCUCAGAGAUCUAACCAGACCGAACCAGUGGGUAUCUAGAGACUAGAGCCAUUCUUAUAGCUCUAGAACAUACCAUCUAUAUUCAGUUCAAUUAGUAUACCAACAAUGAUUCUUGCUUUAUUCCUUCGCCGAGUUAACAAGAAAAAAUUAUAUAAAAUACCUUCUAAUAUAUAGGACCUCGUCGGAUCUGUUUUGUCAGCUCCAUAUAUAAAGCGAGGCCAUAAGAAAAGAUUAAUGUACAUAAAUUAAUGCGCCUCUUAUACCGAUUCCACGCAAAUCUGUAGAGAUUAUAUUCUGCAAUCGGCUAAUUUGGUUAUAUGUGCCUCGUCUUCUUUUGUAAGGACGAAAUUGGUCAUAUUGUAGCGUUUGGGUCAUUAGGGGUUUGGCUGGAUUUUCAAAUUCCUACGAAUCAUUCAUUUGACCAAGAUUAGGGAGAAGAAGAUCGAGAGAAAAAAAAAUAAUGGGGUUUGCUUACCUAGUUAGUUUCCCCUUUAAUGGCGGAAAGUCUUCUUUGUUCUCUUAUUAUAUUGAAUCCAGAAGCAAGAAAACGCCUCCCCUGGAUUGUUCUUGCAACCUAACUCUUCAGGCUUUCAGCCUCCAGCUUUCAUAAUAAUUGGGAAUUGGUACAUUUGAGACCCAUAAAUGUACCAAAUUAGGUGCAAGUUUAUUUCAUAUAAGAGUUUACCCUACUUCCUCAACUCUCAGGCAUAAGGCAUUAGUGUGAUUUGAUGCCAGGGAAAAAAAAAGUAAUGUCUAUUUUUUACCAAAAUUUUUUUCAGUUUUUUUAUUAAUAUUAUUCAAACCUAUUAAAAUGUUAUUAAUUAGCCAAAUCUUUUGUAAUGCAUCAAAAUAAUAAUAUUAGCCAUUUUUACGUCAUCAUCAAUAAUUUUAUAACUCUUUUCUUAGUUAAAAUACUAGAAUUUUGGAAUGUUGACCUUCAUGUGUUUCUUCCAAGUCAGUAUCAUGUUGUCAAGUCAAUAUUACUAACAAAAUUGUUAACCGAAAGUUAAAAUUUGGCUAAUUUUUAAUGGAAUGUUGUAUGCAUAUUCAAUGCCCUGACUCGAGACAAGUGAUAUCAUUAAGUACAUCGACUCUUAUACUUCAGUGAUGUCCAAAACAUUUUUUAACCCAAUUCUACCGGUUGAUAAACCUAGGUCGGAUUGCCCCAUAACUCUUCUGUGAUUCAAUAUAAUUAAGGAACCAAG